GCUUGUUUGAGACGCGUUCCUUCAAAAUAUAGGUUGACGUCGCCGUUUCAUGAGACAAACAUCCCUGAACUUGAUGUUGGAUUAGUUCCCGUCUCUUUACGAUUUCGUUAACGGCUACACAGGAGGAUGUCGAGUACUUUCCAUUAGCAUCUAACUACCUGGAAGCCGUACGGGGAUCGAUAAGUGUCCAAACAUUUCAACUCUUUUUACACAUUGGAUCCAUUUACAUUUCUUACACCUUGCGCUUCCCUGAAAAAAUACCUGAUUUCUGGUUAAUCAGCCAAGGUAACCUCACCAAUCAAAAUGGCAGAGACACACGACGAAAACCCAACUCUCUCUGAGGAAGAUGAUCACCGGGCAGUCUACAUCUUCAACCCAAGAGCAGGUCACCAUACCUCCCUACCACAAGAGAAAACAGCUCGGCCAGUAAAAAAGCGGAGAGUCGGUAGUACACGAGCUUGGUCUGCCUCUGCCGCCGAUCAUGCGGGAGUAGCACCACAUGCGGAGGAGGAGACGGAGACGACAACGACUGCUGCUGCUGCCUUUUCUCAAUUGUUCGGGGGGAAGGAGAGUUUGGAAGCUGCGGGGUUGAGGAGGCAGGUGUUUGAUACGGCAUGGCCGGUUCUGGAUGGACGAAUCAAGAACGUACUAAGAGAGGCAAACCGAACGACCCUGGAGGAUGUCAGCUCAUUUAUACGUGACGCUGAAGGUGAUGCAACAAGAGGAACCAGAAUCCCAGCCGGCUUCAUCAUCACCGGCCCCAAUAUCGCCUCCCAAGACCUCCUGUUCGAACAACUUUCCGAGGCUCUCGGGAAAGCCACACAAGCCCGGUUUGUUCGUCUACGGGCGGCUGGGGCACCCAACCUCAAGGCGGCGCUCAAGAAGGUAAUAAGAGACGCCACUGCGCAGGUGUCUCUUGACGGCGGCGAUGGGGAUGAAGACACCGAGGUCGCCUUAGGCCGGGAUGGCAGGAAGUAUCUCGACUAUGACCUAGAGGGAUUACACGCUUUUUUCGGCGUGCAGCAGGAUUCGUCGCGGCGAGUUGUUGUGGCGUUUGAGGAUAGCGAGGCAUUUGAGAGCUCGUUGUUGACUGAUCUGCUUGGUCUUUUCCAUUCAUGGCAGGGGCGCAUCCAGUUCUCCGUACUCUUUGGCAUCGCUACCUCGGUGGAAUUGUUCCAGGCGCGACUCCUCAAGUCUACUGCCCGACAAUUGUUUGGUGCCAAGUUCGAUGUCGUCCAGGCAGAUUUGGUUCUUGAUAAUGUCUUCAAGAGCGCCAUUGCUGGGACGCAGGCGACACUUCGCCUGGGGCCUACGUUACUGAGGAGUUUGCUCGAUCGCCAGCGGGAUCAGGUUGCUGGCAUUCGGGUGUUCAUCAGCUCUAUCAAGUACGCCUACAUGUGUCACUUCUACGCGAAUCCUUUGAGUGUUCUGCUUGCGGAUGAAAAGUCCCUCACCCGUCAGCUUCUUCAACCUGAGCACAUUCAGGCUGUGCGGACGCUUGACUCCUUCAAGGCACACGUCGAGGCCGCGGUGGACGCCAGACAGCUUAACCAUGCGCAGUUACUUGUCGAAGAUGAUGGCUACCUCGUUCGCCAGAUGGUUGAGCAGCGGCAGAAAAAGCAAGAUUACCUGAUGCAACUAUUGCGUUCUCUACACCUCCUGACAAGCAUGGAUCUCGUUCCUGGCCGUUUCACCGAUCUCUACGUGGCCGCUCUCGCAGGGGGGCUCGAUCUAACGCCCACCAUCGACGGCAUAAAACGAUUAGGAGCAGACGACGUCCCCGCCCUGAUCAACCGCCUACUAACAGCCAUUCGAACCGGCAGUCCCGACCUCGACCUGCCAGGCUGGGAGGACGAAGCCGAGGAGCUCAUCAGUUCCCUCUGCGAGAUCCGCGACGAGAUCGAGGCAUUAGCAGAGCAAGCCCAGGAAAAAGGCCAACAAGCCCUCAAGAGCAAAUUCACCGCCCAAAGCAAAGUCCUCCGCACAACCGUCAUCGCCCAAAAAGUCCAGCUCAGCCAGGACACGGCCAAACUAACGGACGAAGACAAGGCUUUCGGUAAGGCUAUCGACGCUCUUGUGGACUUACUCACCCACCAUAUCUACAGCGAUCCCGUCGACAGUUUAUUCUUGCACGAAGCAUGGGCGUAUGACGCCGAGGCUCCGUACCGGGACGUCUUUGUUCCGCGGCCGGGAACGACCUUUGAGCGAGCGUUGACGAGGCCGCAUGCGUAUCUCGGGUGUGAGUGCUGCAGCAAAACCAACGGGACGCUGUCGGCCACGCUGCCGACGACGUGUGUUCUAUAUCGAUUGUACCUCGAGACGGGGUCGUUGGUCAAUGUGGCGGAUCUAUGGUCUGCGUACUACGCGCUUGUGGGCGAGGACUCGGAGGAUGGUGGACUGGGCGAGAGAGAGGCGCUGGUGCAGUUCUAUCACGGCUUGGCAGAGUUGAGGCUGAUGGGCUUUGUCAAGAGCAGCAAGAAGAAAGCGGAUCAUGUUGCCAAGGUUAAGUGGUUGCUGUAAUCGGCUCGGGAUAGGUGUGUGUACUGUGUGUAUGUGAGUGUGAGUGUGUGUGGCUGGGAAGCGGAUGGAGGGAAAGAGGAGAAAGGGGAAGAACCGAGCCGAGAGCAUCAGGGCAACUUUCCGUUCGCGUUCUUUGUUCGUUUCGAAUGUCCCAUCCUUGGAUGUGGAUGGAAUGGGAAGCUAUGUUUGGCAUUUUGAGUGGCCACAUGGGGAAAAUGCAUUGUUACUGUCAUGGGCAUUCAUUCCAUUCACAUCGUUUUCGACAAGACCUCCAUACAAGGCCGAACAAUGUAUUCGAUUGGCAUAAUCCCGUUACCCUCUCGAAUCCAGAUAAAAGAGACAAAGCCCCCCCUAACAAAAGGGGGGGAAGACAAAGAAAAGACCAUGACGGCAUCCCAACGUUCGGUAUAGCUGCCUACCUGUGCUGUUUCUGGAAAUCGCCAGCGGCUUUUCUCUGCCACCAAAGACAUAAAACACAUGCUUUCGUGCGCAAUGUCUACCAUACAACAGUGACGGCGGUCAUCUUCGCUAGGCUAUUUGAUCAUUUCCGGUCUGCUUAUUUGAAUCGUGAACUGCUUCUGCUUCGUUUCGUUUCGUUGAUGUAUCCAAAAGGUCGUCGUCGGUUUAUUUUU